AUGAGUGUUAAAGAGAAACUGAACAACAUGCAAACAUCAAUUUUGGUGAUGAUCGUGUUCAUAUUACCCACACUAGUACUUUCAUCACAUAAUAAUUAUCCCUUAUCCAUGCCAAGCUGCAACGACAACUCUUGCGGCGACAUACGCAUUCCCUUCCCUUUCGGCACAACACGAGAAUGCUACCUCACUAUACAAUUCUGGGUCACUUGCAACCGCACAGAUGUCGAUCAUCCAAAGCUAUUCUGGGGGGAAUCGGAAGUCGAAAUCACGGACAUAUACCUGGACGGCCAGAUGAGAGUGAUGCAGUACAUAGCCGAAGAUUGUUACUACCGCAACGGCUCAAGUUCUUCCAACAACAACCCGUGGAUAGAGCUCGCUACUUAUUUCACCGUCAAUAAUACUGCAAACAAGUUCACAAUUGUAGGGUGUGAUGCGUAUGCCUUGGUUUCGGGAACUAGGCUGGCACGCAGCUUCACCACGGGCUGCACCGCCAUGUGCAGUUCCGAGGCUGAUCUCACGGAAGGGUCAUGUGCCGGAGUGGGAUGCUGCCAGACUCCCAUCCCCCAGAAUGUGUCGAGGGUGGAAGUUGAGGUCAAGAGCUAUUCCAACUACACCGAUGUUUGGGAUUUCAACAACUGUGGCUAUGCUUUUGUUGUUCAGGACACUGCCUUCAACUUCUCAAAGGAUAAUCUUACUAACUUGUCAAAUGUUAUAGAGCUUCCUAUGGUGGUUGACUGGGUUAUCAGGAAUGGCACGUGUGAAGAGGCCAAGACAAAUGCCACCACUUAUGCUUGCGUCAGUGCAAACUCUGAGUGCUACAAACCCACAAACGGCUAUGGCUAUCGCUGUCGUUGCGUCGACGGAUUUGAAGGAAACCCUUAUCUAUCUAAAGGAUGUAUAGAUAUUGAUGAAUGCGCAGCUACGAAUCACAAUAAUUGCACCAUGAAGGAGUAUUGCAAUAAUGAAGAAGGGACUUAUACAUGUUCAUGUCCGGAUACACACGACGGUGAUGGAAAAGGUGAACAUGGAUGCGUUCUUCUCCAAAAGAAGCACAAUAUGAAGAUUGCAUAUGUCUUGAUUGGGGUUGCAUGUGGGAUCAUUACUCUGCUACUGGCAAUCAUCCUCCUCUACUUGGAACUAAAAAGAAGAUCACGGAGAAAGACGAAGCAUAAAUUCUUUCUCCAAAACGGAGGGGAUAAGUUGCAAGAAAAACUCGCUACGAGAGAAGCCUCACCGGAUAUGGUCACCAUUUUCAGCUCAUCCGAGCUAGAGAAGGCGACAAAUUGCUUCCAUGAUAGUAUGAUCAUUGGCCGAGGUGGCUUUGGCACCGUGUACAAAGGCGUGCUAGCAGACAGAAGAACAGUUGCCAUAAAGAGAUCUAUAAAAGUUGAUCUCACACAGAUCGAACAGUUCAUCAACGAGGUAGUUGUUCUAUCUCAGAUCAACCACAAGAAUGUAGUUAGGUUGCUUGGUUGUUGCCUAGAGACUGAUGUCCCCCUUUUGGUCUACGAGUUUAUCAAUAAUGGCACCCUUUCUUCCCACUUGCACAAUAAGGCUAAGGCGAACGUUCUUGAUUGGAACACACGUCUGAAGAUUGCUACAGAAACUGCAGAGGUCCUAUCGUAUCUGCACUCUUCAGCUUCUACUCCCAUCAUACAUAGGGAUGUCAAGCCGGAUAACAUUCUUUUAGACCAUACUUUCACAGCAAAGGUGUCGGAUUUUGGAGCUUCAAGGUUGGUUCCCGUUGAUCUCGCACAACUAUCCACAAUGGUGCAAGGGACUUUCGGAUACCUUGAUCCUGAAUACAUGCAAACAAACCAGUUGACGGAGAAGAGCGAUGUUUAUAGUUUUGGAGUUGUUCUGUUGGAGCUAAUUACAGGGCGGGGAGCAUUGAGUUUUGAUAGGCCGAUAGAAGAGAAGAGUCUUGCCAACUAUUUCCUUUCUGUACUCAGACAAGACCUCUUGUUUGAGAUUCUUGAUGAAAAUAUUGUAGGGUUGGAAAAUAUGGAGGAAAUAUCUGUUGUUUCUGUGCUCGCGAAAGAGUGUUUAAAUGUAAGAGGUGAGGAUAGGCCUAGUAUGAAGGAGGUAGCGAUGGAGCUCCAAGGGCUAAUACUCGGAGGGAAGCACUCGUGGGCACGAAUUAAUAAUGUUCACGAUGAAGAAGAGAUGGAAUCUUUUAUUAGAAUUGAGGAUGGAAUGAGUCACUUUGGUAAUGGUGAUAAGAACUCAAGUGUGGAAUAUGACAGCAUCUCUAGGGAUCAUAUUCUUUUGCCAACGGAUGGAGGAAGAUGAUAUUAUUUGAGUAAUUUGGCAUUAAUUAAGUAUGCUUAUUCAUUUUGAAUCUUAUGGUGAAUAAUUAAGUUGUUUUUUUCCAUUUGGUGUAAUUUAGUACUAUACUUGUAUACUUUGUCAAAUGUAUGUUGGAAAUUAUCAUUUUGAGGCCCACAAUGUGUAGAAAUAAAUUUAGUAAUUUGGUGUUU